ACCAAUCCGAGAAGAUAGAAGUUAUCCAAGAUGACAAGGAAAGUACCAAACAAACAGAAAAACAGCAUCUUUCACCAACAAAUGAAACGUUCAUGGAGAACCAAUCUGAGAGGGUAGAAGUUAUCCAAGAUGACAAGGAAAGUACCAAACCAACAGAAAAACAGCAUGUUUCACCAACAAAUGAAACGUUCAUGGAGAACCAAUCUGAGAGGGUAGAAGUUAUCCAAGAUGACAAGGAAAGUACCAAACCAACAGAAAAACAGCAUGUUUCAUCAACAAUUGAAACGUUCAUGGAGAACCAAUCUGAGAGGGUAGAAGUUAUCCAAGAUGACAAGGGUCAGAAUCUCUCUGUUAAUUUAACACCAAGAAAGGGAGCUACUUACAGAAGUCCAAAGAAGAAAAAACUAACCAGGGCAAGGGCAAAGUCGAAGCCAGAAACCUGGAAACGAAAUGUAAACAAAGCUAAUCGGCUAGCAGGACUCAAAGGGACAGAAAAUAGAUGAGAGGUCUGUCAAACCAAUUGAUUGUUCAUCUUGUAGAUAUCACUGCAAUGAGAAAAUAAGUCAAAAAUCAAGGGAAUCAAUAUUCAGGGAAUUUCGCUCAAUGGAUUCCAAUAAACAACAAAAAGAUUAUAUAUGCUCCCUCAUAAUUCAGAAUCCAACAAAGAAAAACAAAUGUGCCACAUGUAAAGGCCAGUAUAGUACAAGAAAGGCAAAUUCGAGGGUGUACAGAUUAUACAAUGGAGAAGGUCAUCCUGAACGUGAAUGUAAAGAGAUGUUCCUGAGUACAUGUCAUUAACCAUUUCCCACAAAACUGUUGACAACACCCUGCAGAACAAAGCAUUUGGAAAAUAUGUUGGAACAGAUAAAAGAGGAAAGAAUGCGUCAUAUAACAAAACACCAGAAAAAAGCAUCACUGAUGUCAAGAAUCA